AUGGGAUUAUUAGGAAAAACAUUAAAAGGUAGAACAGUUCGUCCUGGUGGCUUUCCUCCAAUAAGAAACAUAAAAUGGCGAAAACUUACACAAAGUUAAGAAGAAUAUGAAUAAAAUUUAUAAUUAUAGAAAUUAUAACACGAAAAACUUAGAAAUUAAAUUUUGGAAGAAUAAAAAUUAAUAUUUUUAAACAAAAGAAAACUACAUAUAUAUUGGCGAAAAACUCUAAGGGUAUUAAAAACAGAAGAUUCACGUAAAUAAAUGAGCCUGCUAAUUUAAUAUUAAGAACGUGAAUUGGAUAAAAAACAAGGCUUUAUAAGAAUGUUGGAUAAUAAUUUGGAUUUAGCUGAUGAAUAAUUUUAUAUUUCACUAAAAAACCAUUUAUUGCAUUUAGAAAACUUAAAUAAUAUAUAAGAACAAAGAAUAAAUGGAAUAAAUAAUGAAUUUAUGAAAGAUUUGAAAAUUCUAGAACAAGAAUUUAGAGUAGAAAAAGAUAGCAUGGAUAAAACACAUGAAACUAACGUAAGAGAGUUAGAAGAAUUUAUAGAAGUAAUAAAAGAAGAACAAAAAUUAUCAAAAGCAGAUUAAGAAAAUGAUUAUGCAUAAAUGAAAGAGUAAACAAGAAACUUAAUUAUGGAAGAAAUUAAUAAUAUAAAGCUAUUUUUAGAAAGCAAAUAAAUAAUAUAUUAUACCUAACUCGAAUAGUUAAAUUCGAGAUUUUAAAAUGAUACUUAAAAUAAAGUAAAAGAACAUUAAUUUUAUUAUUAAGACAGUAAAUAAAAAUAAAAAUAAAUUGAUAGAUAUUUAAGACUAAUAAAAUAUAAAAAAAUCGAAAUUGAACUUCUGAAAUUAAAAAUUAAUUAACUUGUUAAGGAAUGUUCAGAUAGAAAUUAAAAUCUUAAAUAUGAAAUAAAUAAUGUACAUAAAUUAUAUAAAUAACUUAAAAAUUAGAUGUUCUAAUUCAGAGAAGAUAUGAUAAAUAGGCUUAAAGAAUUGAUCACUAAUUAGAGAGAUGUUAUUAUUUAAUUAAAAUAAUAUGUUAGCUAAGGCGAAAGAAUGCUAAUAUUAGCGGAAUUAAGUCGAAAGUUUGAAACUGAAAGAGAAAAAGUAAUCCCUUAUUACGAAAGUUCGACUAUUAAUGAAAAACCUGAAGAUGUUUAAUAUUACAAGUUUUUAUCUUAAGAAGAUUUAAAAGAAUAGGAGUAUUUAGAUAAUUUUUUUAAAAGAUUUAAUAAAGUUUUAUUAGAUAAAUUAGCAAUUUAAUAAUAAAAAGAAAUACUAGAAAAAUAAAAUUAUACUCUAAAAGAUUUACUCAAAUAAUAGCUUGAUGGAAUUUCUAUAAAUGAUAAUAUCAUAAAUAAUCUUAAUAAUCCUCUUUUUAUUGUUAAUAAUAAAUAUUAAAUAGAAUAAAAUAUAUUAAAAAAAACGGAAUCAAUUAAAGUUAAAUAAAAUAAUAGAGUAUGA